AUGGCUCCUCCGUAUCGGAACGAUAACUUUCCUUCGGGACCAACUCGUCGACCCUUUCCUUCGCGUAGUGAUCGCGAUGGUCGCAUGUAUGAUGAUCGAUCACGAUCUCGAUCGCCAGAUCGUGCACGCUCGCCUUCUGGAAGACUAGCUGCCGAUAGCAGACUCGAGUACUCGAGAGACCGAGAAUAUGGACAAGGCUACCGAAGCAAUGAUCGAGAUGAUUAUCGGCGUCGGAAUUCGCGUUCAUCUCCCCAUAGAGGCAGAAACACAUACAAAGACCGUGACCGAGAGGGCUACCGAAGCGAAAGCGGCAAUCGAAGCCAAAGUGGACAGUCCAAUGUGGUACAGGUCAGCCGAGAACUCAUGAUGGAGGGACUUCCAGUAAACAUGACGGAAAGCGAUAUCUCAUCUGAACUCAGUGCCAUUCGUGCCGAGGGCCUGGAAGAUAUUCGGGUCAUUCGUGACCGACAGACCAAGGUGUCGCGGCAAAUAGGCUACCUACGAUUUUCUUCGAUUGAUGCAUCACGCGCGUUCUACGAACGCAACCAACCUUCCAUAUUCCUUUAUGGUCCCAAUGAGAAAAGCACCAAAGUGCGCAUUGCUUACAGCCGCGAAAGGGAAGACCGAACUCGUGCAAAAGGUGCAAGUGAUUGGAAUUGUAGGAAGUGUUUCGUUCUCAACUUCUCCACACGCUCACAUUGUUUCAAGUGCGGUACACCACGACCCACAGAUAUGGAUCCUAUCGGCCACCCUGGAGUUCCGGCUCUCAAGAUAGCUAAUGAUGGUGACAAUGAUGUUGCUCCUGAGAACCAGCCUUCCCAGUUCCUCCUGAUCCGUGGUUUGGAGGCGUCUGUUACAGAAGAACUUCUUGCAAAAGGAGUUUCCAAGCUGUAUCGGCCAUCUGGAAAUAAUGAGAGCGUCCCUGACAAUCAAAAGAAAGGAUCGAAAGUAGCCUCGACGACUGGCGACAGCAACUUGGGAGCGCGCGAAGGCUCUCUCCGUCGUGUGCUCCUUGUACGUGAUCGCGAAACCAAUGCAAGCUGGCGUUACGGAUUUGCAGAGUUUGCAGGGAUUAAUGAUGCACAAGCUGCAAUGACGCGGCUCAAGUCUUUCGAAAAAUUUACCAUUUCCUCGAAGCCGGUGUUGGUCACUUACAUUCAUGGCGGAGUGUUUGUUCCAGUCAUGAACCCCUCAUCUGGUCCUAGCUAUUACACAUUCACCCCAUCCAAUAACCCCUCGCUGCAGUUGAUGUACUGGGACGACGCAGCAUACGUGACCGAACUCGUGCUGUCAACCCCGGAAGACGAUGCCGCUGCUCACAUGCCAACCUCUAAUCAUGGAGAUGCCCAAUCUAAAGGAACCAAGGACUCCGAUAAAGGAAAAAAGCGAAAAGCCGAUGCCACCACUACUGCGCAUGCCAAGAAACUUGCAAUGCCAACUCAGCUGAAAUUCUGGAGUGACCGCCAAGCAGAGCUACAUGGGACCGAGAAAGAUACUGCUGGAAAUCCUCCGGAGAGCUCGAGCUCAGUAGUCGCGGCAACUAAAACGGAUGAUCCAACGGCUCCGUCAUUUGCAGACUUCAAGAAAAUCUGCUGCUUCUUGUGCAUGCAAUAUCUUAAGGAUGAGGAACAUCUCAAAUAUCACGAGCGCGAAAGCGACAUCCACAGGGAAAAUCUGAAGGAUCUCUUCCUGAGGCAACGCGGCGUAUGCUGGAUGAUGACCUAUGGUGUCAUACCUCUGCACUCUCCAAAUUACGAAGGCAGCAAAGACGAAUAUCGUGACAAGCUUGAGGCAGACUAUUCCAUCCCUCCAACACCUCGAUCCUUCGCAGACCUCAAGCGGAACUGGUGCCUCUUGUGCUUCCAACAAUUUGAUACAGCCGUAGAGGUCCUCAUACAUGAUCGCAUGAGUGACUACCACCGCGAAGAAUUGACCAAAGAAGAUGCUAUCGAGUGGGGCUUGGAGCAGCUGAAAAUGGCAGGUAUCGCACAGGCGCCUCCUGAAUACCGAGACCGCGCCAAAGAGCGUCGUAAGGCGUUCGGUGAUAAUUUCAAUGCUCGUCAGAGAGCCCCCGAGCCAGAAGAGGAAGACGAGACACCCGCACAGACUUCCUCGAUCGGUGCUACUCUUCUAAGCAAGAUGGGCUGGUCCGAAGGAUCUGGCCUCGGCGCUCAAGGAACCGGUGUGACCGCGCCGAUUCCUACUGAAAUUUAUGCCCAGGGUGUGGGACUGGGUGCUCAGGGAGGUCGACUGGGUGAGGCAACUGAGGAGGCUGGUCGAAACACCAGGGGUCGUUACGACGAGUUCCUGGAGAAGACCAAGGACGCCGCACGCCAGCGCUACGAGGAGAUGGACCGUUCCUGA